AGCGGGACAACACCGAGUCACCCUGGCACGACAGGCGCCGAGUCGAUCUGGCAUGACCGCUGGCACUGCGGUCAGAACAUUUUGGAUCGUCUGGCUGGACAGCGGGGGAUCGGGUCACCAGGCAUCAGCGGGCAUCGGGUCACCAGGCAUCAAGUCAUUUGGCUCGACAGCGAGGCACCGCGUCAUCUGGCAAGGCAGUGGGCUCCGAGUCAACAGGCACGACAGUGGGCACCGGUGGUCAUCAGGCAUUGGAUUGUCUGGGCUCGACAGCGGGCAUCGGGUCACCAGGUACGACAGCGGGCACGGGUCACCAGAGUCAUUUGGCUCGAAUAGCGGGCACCGGGUCAUCAGGCAAUGGCAGGAUGGGCUCCGA